AGGCUGCGCCCCGUUUUCCCCGGGAGCGCCCAGUGGCUGUAACUAACAUUGCUUAGCCCCCGACGCUGGCGCUGACUGGGUCGCCCGGGCUCACGCUCGCCUUCCCCCCCGCAGCGCGGCCGUCUGAUCUUCCUUCCCCGAGGCCGGAGCUCGCUGGACAACGGGAUGGCCCCUGUGCCCCGGACAGCCUCGGCCCCGCAGGAGUCGGUGACCUUCCAGGACGUGGCCGUGGACUUCACCCCUGAGGAGUGGGGGCAGCUGGGCCCUGCCCAGAAGGAGCUGUACCAGGAGGUGAUGCUGGAGAACUACCGGAACCUGGUGUGCCUGGGACUCAGCGUUUCCAAACCGGCUGUGAUCUCCCAGCUGGAGCGAGGGGAAGCACCUUGGAGGCCAGAGGGAGGCGGCCCAGGAGCUGGCUCUGCAGAUUGGGGGAUGAGGCAUGAAAUCAAGGAGUCGGCCCCACAGCUGAUCCUCUCUGUGGAAGAAUCAUCUGGGAAAAGACUCACAAGGAAUGGUUCCUACGCUUCCAAGUUGGGAGAAGCCUGGGAAUGGGAUUCCACGUUAGACAAGCAGCAGAAGAGUGAAGAGACGUGUGCUAAACAAGUAAAGAUCAAGCCUCCCAGUAAGGUGAGAGGCCAUGAAUGUAAUAAAUAUAGUAAAAGUUUUAGUCUAGGACCGGUCCUUUUCCCACAGCAGCGAGUAUCCAUAGGCAAGAAUCUCGAUAAAUAUAUUGCACAUAGGAAGAGCUUCAGACUGUAUUCAGACCUAAAAAAAUGCAAUAGAAUCUCCUCAAAGAAAAUACUUUCUAAAUUUAAAGAAUGUGGAAAGUCCUUUAAUCAUAAUUCAGACGUUCUUGAAAAUCAUCAAAUGCUUGCUGGAGAGAAGAAACCUUAUGUAUGUAAUGAAUGUGGAAAGGUGUUCCGACAGAGCACACAUCUCAUUCUACAUCAGAGAAUUCAUACUGGAGAGAAACCAUAUGAAUGUAGUGAAUGUGGAAAGGCCUUCCGCCUGAGCACAAGACUUAUUGAGCAUCAAAGAAUCCAUACUGGAGAGAAACCUUAUGAAUGUAAUGAAUGUGGGAAGGCAUUCCCCCAGAGCUCAAAGCUCACUCGACAUCAGAGAAUUCAUACUGGAGAGAAACCUUAUGAAUGUCAUGAGUGUGGGAAGGCCUUCUGUCAGAGAACAGGACUUACUCAACAUCAGAGAAUUCAUACUGGAGAGAAACCUUAUGAAUGUCAUGAGUGUGGGAAGGCCUUUCGCCAGAGAACAGGACUUAGUCGACAUCAGACAAUUCAUACAGGAGAUAAACCUUAUGAAUGUAAUGAAUGUGGAAAGGCCUUCCGCCAGAGAAAAGGACUUACUCAGCAUCAGACAAUUCAUACAGGAGAGAAACCUUAUAAAUGUAAUGAAUGUGGGAAGGCCUUCCGGGAUAGCUCACAGCUCAUUCGACAUCAUAGGAUACAUACGGGAGAGAAACCUUACGAAUGUAAUGAGUGUGGGAAGGCCUUUGCACGAAGCACAGAACUUACUGUACAUCAGACAAUUCACACUGGAGAGAAACCCUAUAAAUGUAAUGAAUGUGGAAAAGCCUUCCGACAGAGUUCACAGCUCACUCAACAUCAGACAAUUCAUACUGGAGAAAAGCCUUAUAAAUGUAAUGAAUGUGGGAAGGCCUUCCGCCUGAGCACAGGACUUAUGGAGCAUCAGAGACUUCAUACUGGAGAUAAACCUUAUGAAUGUGGUGAAUGUGGGAAAGCCUUCCGCCAUAGCUCACAACUUACUAGGCAUCAGAUGAUACAUACGGGAAAGAAACCUUAUGAAUGCAAUGAAUGUGGAAAGUCCUUCCCCCAGAGCUCACAGCUUACUCAACAUCAGAUAAUUCAUGCUGGGGGGAAACCUUACAAGUGUAAUGAAUGUGGAAAGGUCUUCUGCCAGAGCUCACAACUUACUCAGCAUCAGAUAAUUCAUACUGGGGAGAAACCUUAUGAAUGUAAUAAAUGUGGGAAGGCCUUCCCCCAGAGCUCACAGCUGACUCGUCAUAAGAGAAUACAUACUGGGGAGAAACCUUAUGAAUGUAGCGAAUGUGGAAAAGCUUUCCGUUUGGGAACACAACUAGCUGUACAUCAGACAAUUCACACUGGAGAGAAACCUUAUAAAUGUAAUGAAUGUGGGAAGGCCUUCCGCCUGAGCAAAGGACUUAUGGAGCAUCAGAGACUUCAUACUGGAGAUAAACCUUAUGAAUGUAAUGAAUGUGGGAAGGCCUUCCGCCAUAGAUCACACCUUACUCGACAUCAGUUGAUUCAUACUGGAAAGAAAUCUUAUGAGUGUAAUGAAUGUGGGAAGUCCUUCCCCCAGAGCUCACAGCUUACUCAACAUCAGACAGUUCAUACUGGGGAGAGACCUUAUGGAUGUGGGAAAGCCUUUCGAUGGAGCGCAGGACUUGGUGAACAUCAGGGUAUUCAUGCAGGAGGGAAGCCUUAUGAACUCGGGGAGCCCUUCCAUCGUGGUUCACACCUUACCCAGCAGUGGAGGAUCCAAACGGGAGAGAACCUUUAUGAAUGUAAUGAUUGAGGGAAAGCUUGCCUGCAGAGUAAACACCUCACUCAGUAUCAUUCAUACAGGAGAAAAGAACCUGAUGACUGAGGAAAGGCCUUCCCCUGUAGU